AUGCUCCUUUCCAAGAUGGCGGCGGAGGGAGGAGGGAAGGAGAUGAACGAGAUUAAGACCCAGUUCACCACCCGGGAGGGGCUGUACAAGCUGCUGAGCCACUCGGAGUACAGCCGGCCCAACCGGGUGCCCUUCAACUCGCAGGGCUCCAACCCAGUCCGCGUCUCCUUCGUCAACGUCAACGACCAGAGCGGCAACGGCGACCGGCUCUGCUUCAAUGUGGGCCGGGAGCUCUACUUCUACAUCUACAAGGGGGUCCGCAAGGCUGCUGACUUGAGUAAACCAAUAGACAAAAGGAUAUACAAAGGAACGCAACCUACGUGUCAUGACUUCAAUCACUUAACAGCCACAGCAGAAAGUGUCUCUCUACUAGUGGGCUUCUCUGCAGGCCAGGUCCAACUUAUAGACCCUAUUAAAAAAGAAACUAGCAAAUUAUUUAAUGAGGAAAGACUAAUAGACAAGUCCAGAGUAACCUGUGUAAAAUGGGUACCAGGUUCGGAAAGCCUUUUCCUAGUAGCUCAUUCCAGUGGAAAUAUGUACUUAUAUAAUGUGGAGCACACUUGUGGUACCACAGCCCCACACUACCAGCUACUUAAGCAAGGAGAAAGUUUUGCAGUCCACACUUGCAAGAGUAAAUCCACAAGAAAUCCUCUACUUAAAUGGACCGUAGGCGAGGGUGCCCUGAAUGAAUUUGCUUUUUCCCCUGAUGGGAAAUUUUUGGCGUGUGUGAGCCAAGAUGGCUUUCUUCGUGUGUUUAACUUUGAUUCAGUGGAGUUACAUGGUACAAUGAAAAGCUACUUUGGGGGCCUACUAUGUGUGUGUUGGAGCCCAGAUGGGAAAUACAUUGUAAUAGGUGGAGAGGAUGACUUGGUAACGGUUUGGUCUUUUGUGGACUGUCGAGUAAUAGCUAGAGGCCACGGACAUAAAUCAUGGGUUAGUGUUGUGGCAUUUGACCCAUAUACCACUAGUGUAGAAGAGAGUGACCCAAUGGAAUUUAGUGGUAGUGAUGAGGAUUUCCAAGACCUCCUUCAUUUUGGUAGAGAUCGAGCAAAUAGUACACAAUCUAGGUUAUCAAAAAGGAACUCUACAGACAGUCGUCCAGUAAGUGUUACAUAUAGGUUUGGUUCUGUAGGCCAAGACACACAACUCUGUUUGUGGGACCUUACAGAAGAUAUUCUCUUCCCUCACCAACCUCUAUCAAGAGCAAGGACACACACAAAUGUUAUGAAUGCCACAAGUCCACCUGCAGGAAGUGGUGGAACUAAUCCAGGAAGUAAUGGAAACAGUAUCACAACACCUGGAAACUCAGUACCCCCUCCUCUUCCACGGUCAAACAGCCUUCCACAUUCUGCAGUCUCAAAUGCUGGCAGUAAAAGCAGUGUCAUGGAUGGUGCCAUUGCUGCUGGUGUUAGUAAGUUUGCAACCUUAUCGCUACAUGAUCGGAAAGAAAGACACCAUGAAAAAGAUCACAAGAGAAAUCAUAGCAUGGGACAUAUAUCUAGCAAGAGCAGUGACAAACUGAACCUAGUUACUAAAACCAAAACGGACCCAGCUAAAACUUUGGGAACACCUCUCUGUCCCAGAAUGGAAGAUGUUCCCUUGUUAGAGCCUCUUAUUUGUAAAAAGAUAGCACAUGAAAGACUGACUGUGUUAAUUUUUCUUGAAGACUGUAUAGUCACUGCUUGUCAGGAGGGAUUUAUUUGCACAUGGGCAAGGCCUGGUAAAGUGGUAAGUUUUAAUCCUUAAUGCUGCAUCAAAGAACUAGAACUUUGAAUAGGUAGUUUUCUCAAUAUACCUGAUUAUUGGAUAUAAAAUUUC